AUGCCUGUAACUGAGCAACCGGAUUUGCGUGAAUGGGAGGACGGCCUUUGUGACUGCACAAACGACGUCAAGAAUUGUAAGCACUUUUUUUCAAGGUCUAACAGCUUGCCGUAUUUUAAUCUUCUGAGCCUUUAUUUCUUCUACUUAUGAGCAUAGUACGUUUCUGCUUGUGAGGGAGAAUUUCGCAACGUCGGUCUAUGCUUGGGUGAUUGGUUGUACACUAAAGCUUGAUUUAAACGAUUUUGAAGUAGGCCAGCAGGGCAGGAUUUAAUGGUACCAAAAAAUUUCGCGACGGCUCGUCAGCUGCGUCCUGUCGCUUCAUAACAUAGAUAACGCCUGACAAUAUUUUAAAUACUAUCAAACGAGGGCUGCGUUCCACCUUUGAAAGGACAUACAAUGCAGCCGAACUCGUAUUUUGCAGUCCUACGAAGCCACUUCCGAUUCCAUGGGCAAAGGAUGCCUUGCCAAUGCACGCCACUUCAAACUGUGUUUAUGAAUUCACAUGCACUUGCGGAUGCAAGUGCAUUGGGCGAACGCAAAGGCAGUUGGCGGCCAGGUCUGUUGAGCACCUGCCCAGAUGGCUCCUAAGGCAAGAAAAUGAAAUCCCGCGUUCCUCCAUUACGAAACACUUGCUUGAUAGUGCUCACUCCGUCGACCCCAAAAAUUCCUUCCGAGUACUUGUUCGGGCACGAACAACUCGGACACUGCGUUACCUAGGGGCGGCCUAUAUACGACGGGUGAAACCAGAUCUUUGUGAAUGGUUGGAACACGUGGUUAGCCUAACUUUGCCAUGGUAGCCUCUAGCUCCAUGAUUUCCCUUCCUCUCUCGCUUUUUGCUCGUUAACGCUUCCCCUUUUUUCCUUAUUCUUCCCAUCCGGUGUUUGAGUUACUAACUAUAUCUAUUAGCCAGCUUUACACAAAAUCAUGAUCUUGCUGUUGCUGCAUUGGUUUUCUGCACGAAUUCAAAUCUGUUGUAUUCUUCCCACCCGUUAUCUAUGUAAUGAAACGACAGGACGCAGCUGACGAGCCGUCGCGAUUUUUUUUGGUGCCAUCAAAUCCUGCCCUACUUGCCUACUUCAGCUUCGUGUUGGGGACAAAAUGCUUCAAAUUAAAACGAUUAUAAUUUAGACAAUAUUCAGGGCUAAUGACCUACUUUAUGACAGUUUGGCCGUCGCGGCCGAAGAUGUCCAUCGCGUGCUUCACAGCAAGGGGAGAGCAGGCACUGCGACUUGUUCGUUUUUAGUGGGAGGAGACUUGCGCGGCAUCUUCCUCACCCUCACCUCCCAGCCCACCUCGGCCCAGUGUCAGGACACAGUCAAGAAGACCGGAGGCGGAAAAGAGGACAGGUAGCUGACACAUGCGGACCACAACACCCCCUGGUCCACAGCCAACACUUGACCAGGAUUCCAACCAUCAACAACAGCAAUACAACGGUUCAGAAAGACGACGAGGAUGACUGGGGAGCCACGCGCACUACCUGUAUACUUAGCUGAAGCGAAAGCGCAUCGACCAGCUAGGAACCAGGGGCCAGCGCAAACCAGGUUGCGAGGAUUAUGGUUUGCUAUAUUAUGGCAUUGCAGACGCACACCACCUUUAUGACAUACUGUAUAAGAAUGCUAAAAUAGGCGUAGUGAUGGUCCGUAAAGGCUGCUAUCGGUACCAACGUUUCACUCAAUUUCGUUUUAACAUGCACGAGGUAUUAAAACCUCAUUGCAGCUCGGCGGUAAAUACUUUGCCCGUCGGGCAGUACAGUAGAUGUGGUAUUUCAUGAAAUUUUGGUCGAAAUUCUAAAAUGUAUUUUUCGAUCUAUAAGAUUACUCAAGUUAAGUCGCAAAAUUAAUAAUAGUGCAGGAUAAUCGCAAGAAAUUUCAGUCUCUUCAGGAUGCCGGCUUUUGAAUGAGAUUUAUUAUGGCUGUCUGGAAAAACUAUUCUCUGUAAAAAUCGAGUACCAAAGUAAUAUAUUUUUUCCCAUUGAUUUUCGAUGCUCUUAUAAACUCAGCUAUAUUUUAUGGAUAAUGAGCAGGAAAAUAUUUUUCUUAUACUCAUUUAGCAGACAAGUAUAUCUUUUCCAAAUUUUAUGCUCAAAGGAAGAGUAUUUUCCAGUUGUAAAAAGUUUGUAAUUAUGAGACUUUCAUAGACUAUGAAAUGUCCACUGAUACAGCAUAGCAGUGGUACGUUUAUCAAUGCCACUUAUAAAGUGUACACCUGGUCUACAUCUAUUGCACAAUUUUAUGAUUGCUAUAUGAGGUAUUCCUUAAAGCACAGCGAAAUGCGGGAUAUUCCUUUGGCGGGAUUUAAGCAGCACGUAGUUUGGAAACCCUGAAUGCAAGUGUAACGGGAUGCCGCGUUAAAAAUUAUCUGGGAAUUGGGGAAUUUUUUUAAACCAAAAGAUGCUCUCCUUUAAAGUGAAACAUACGAUUAUGACGCAAUUUUUUUAUAGAAUGAGUACAAGGGAGAAUUUUGUGUUUUCUACAAGUCGUAAUUAAGUUUAUGAGAGCAUAGAAGUCAGUGGGAAAAAAUGUACUCUUUAAGUAGACACUCUUCUAGAGCGUAGUUUUUGUAGACGCCAAAAAGCAGUUCAUUCAAACGUCGGCAUUCUGGAGUGACUGAAAUAUGUUGCGAUUGUGUUGCAAGAUAAUUACUGUUACAACCUUACUUAAGUAGUCUUUUCCAAUCGAAAAACCAUUUCAGAAUUUCGGCUACCAGUUCAUGAAAUACUGUAAAUCUGGUUAGAUCCGUUUCGCAACAAUAUCCAAAAAAAUUCGUUGUCGAACGCUCAACGCUUUGAUUAACCGGUCUGCAUCCAUAGUUGACACGUUGUUACCAAGCAAUCGAUGACGCAAAAGCCUUGUCAACAAAGAUCGCCCAUCUGGGAUUGGAGUGUCGCUGACUAACGGGAACAGAACAAGAUGAGCAAAACGAGACAUGGUGGCGGUCAAUAAGAGUUGUUGUUUGUAUCAAUGUUCAACAUCCCCUACUUGGCGACCUGACUAUACGGACUUCGGUUUGCUUAAAACGUCUGUUGGUCACUGCUCGCGGCGGCGUGUAACUGUCUUUGGAUGGUUGGAACCUGAAGGCCAAUAGAUAUCCCUCUCGGGGCUACCAUAGCGCGAUUCAUACCCUAAUAGAAAAAUUAGAAACAAGCCCAAAAUAUGUUGUCUUUAUUGCAAAAUGAAACCGGAAUAACAUAUUAUCAAUUAAGCAAACUGCACUUGUUUAUAUCGCAUUCAAUUGCUAUGAAGUUGUCUUCAUUUUAUUUGAACGCACGUCAGCAGUGUUCAUCUAGGCGCCCCCGAGGCAGCUGCCUUGAAAAUCUGAGAUUUUUCUUCAAAAUUUCAAUUUUUUCGCUUAUCUAAGUCCUAUCAAUUUACUGAGUCUGCCAGUUUAUAUUCGGCUCAACACAAUUUUCCUAGUGAUUACGGUUUUAUGAUCGUACCCAGCCUGAUUAAAUCGCCAAUGUGGUGGCCAUUCGUCAAAAUGUUUCGUUGAACCUGUUUCUGCCUCACGUUCAGCGAUGGGGAUCGAAGUUACUGCAUCUGGCUUAUGUAUGCAGAAUUACCUUGGCCUGUACAGGGAUAUGUACCACUACGUCAUCAGAAACUAACAAUGUUCCCCCCUGUGCCAUCCUUCUUGAAAUUUAGCGUUUCAACGCAUGCUAAACCCCACAUUUAAGUAGCAUUAUUCUAUGACUUUUUCCCCGAAUUCUGACCUAUGCAUAGACGUUUGUUUAGAUAUUACUUGUGACACAACAGUACCGCGUACUGAUUAUUGUACAACUUUGACACAGCAUGCAUUCACAGACAUAUUUAUACGAGUAAUCAAUACUUUUUGUAUGUAAUUACUUACAUGAUUUUCCUUGACACUUAUCCUACGCAUUGCUUUUCAUGAUGUUAUUGUAACCAAAAGGGAAUUCAAAGGCGUUUGCCUACCAUUCCCCUAAUAAAACUGAACUGGACUGAAUCGUGCGCUGACACAAUCCAAACGCCCAUGAACUAUCAAUGCGUGAGCCGUGGUUCCGACAAUUCUGUACUAGAUCGCCAUCGCUUUCUUCAGAAUUUUCAUCUCCACCUAAAAGACGGUCACGAUCGUACUUACGCCGUCCUGCAAGUCUGUCCUCGUCGAUUUGUAUUGAGUUUUCCAGUGUUUCAUCUAACUUUCAUCACCUAACAACAUAUAGCAUUUCGAAACAGGCUCCACGGCGGGAACUGAACCAGUGAACCACAGUUUUUUGGGAUCUAGCAGCAAGCUUUAUAAAAUCUUCAAGUGGGUUUUUGUCACCCCAAAGAUGGGCUAGUUCCAAAAUGCCUCAAAGCUACAAAUUACAGCGGAGACUUUCUUUUAAAUCACAAUAAUGGAGGAAUUUGUUCCCCCUGUCUUACUGACCGAACAAACUAGCGACCCCUUCUUCUGCGCCUCUAUGCCGGCAUAUUCUGUUCACGGGCCUUCUUAUUCCUGCACAUCAAGGUGUUUCCGGUAGAACAGACUUGCGUGGCCCCCUAAACAGGACAUGAGAACAGGAACAGUCUGCAGUAUGGGUGGCUUUGAGUCAACAUCCACCUAAAUUAGGGUUAGGACUAGGUUAAGGAUGAGUUUUAAGACUAGAUUUAAAGUUGACGGCAAGGUACGUCAGAAUCAAGUUUAGGCUUAAGGUAGGGGCUAGUAUUAACUGCAAAGUUAAGGUUUAGGGCAAGGUUAGGGUCCAGACUAGUGCAACGGUUUAGUUUUAUACCGUGGUUAUUGAUAGAAGCGAAUAGGCGAGUCCCAGGUAGCAGUUCAGAAGAUGAAGAUGCGAUCACUGGGACAAGAAGUUUAUUGGCCUGACGUUUCGGGUUCUCACUCGAGCCCAUCAUCAGAGACAUUCGCAGAUAGAGGUAAAGGUGGCACCAGGAAUGCAGUAUUUAUAGCACGUGGCUGCCGUGGGACCGUAUGCGCACUGUAAUUAACAGUUCUCACAAUCGCCGCUGGGGUCGUAAUUGAUGCGGCGGUGGCUUGGCGGUCCGAGUCCGAGUUGUUAAUUGCCGCGAUUUCGUCAUCCGUGCUCGAUGCUGGUGUGACGAUUGCUCGGCAAACUGGCUCACUGUCACCGUGAUAAUUACUCACCCGCGCCCUCCCCACGUGACUGAUUCUCCUGCCCAGGGAAAACCGCAAUACGGAAUAGGCCACCGGGAGGUCAUUGUGUUUGUUGAUGGAUUGCGGGCCUGAGAACCAUGACUCGAGCAGCUCGCGGCUCACGCGGUUGUCACCCCUUGCGAGGAUUUCGGCCUCUUGAAAUUUGAAAUUAUGGCCGGGUCCCGUCGAGUGUGCCGCCACCUGAGAGUUAGCGUCUCCUCGCCUCACUGCUGCUGCGUGCUCGGCAAGUCGCGUACGGAGUAAUCUCCCAGUUUCUCCGACAUAAUUGCUUUGUCCGCAACUACACCAGAUCCGGUAAACGACUCCAGACGUUUCCUGCCGUGGCAGCGGGUCUUUUGGCCUCAUUACUUGGCGCCUAAUGGUUGCUUCCGGCCUGUGUGCAACACCAACUCCAAGUGGAGUGAGAAGACGACUGACGGCUUCCGAGACGUUCUUCACGUACGGAAGAGCACGCCAAAAUUUGGGGCUAGUUGAAUUUGGUCUCUGGUGUCCUUUUCGUAUGCACUGGUUGACAAAGUUGCGCGGGUAGCCAUUGGCUCUCAUUACCCGUCGAAGAUAUUGUAAUUCAGCAACCUUGUCUUCCAUUUCACUGCAGUGCGUCUCAACACGCCGGUAUAGCGCCCUUACGCAACUGCGUUUGUGACUGAUCGGGUGGUUGCUAUUGAAGUUCAGUAUUUGCGUCGUAUUUGUCGCUUUCCUGAACACUUUGGUUUUUAGGCCACCACAAUCUUUGCGGCAGACGAGGACAUCCAGGAAGGCCAGCUGAUUGUUUUCCUCCUCCUCCAUCGUAAAUUGAAUGUCCGGGAAGACGGCGUUGAGUUGUUCUUUGAAAGUCAGCACCUGAUCCCGUUCGAUGACGACGAAGGUGUCAUCCACAUACCGAGCCCAGAAUUUCGGUCUGUGGUGUCGGAAAACCAGCGACUCCAGCCGUUGAAGGACCGCCUCGGCUAUGAGUCCCGAAAUCGGCGAACCCAUUGGCGUUCCCUUUACCUGCUCGUAGAUUGUUCCGUCGAAUGUAAAGUACGUCUUGAGACAUAACUUCAGGAGCUGGAUGAUUUGGGCGGACUCGGACCGCCAAGCCACCGCCGCAUCAAUUACGACCCCAGCGGCGAUUGUGAGAACUGUUAAUUGCAGUGCGCAUACGGUCCCACGGCAGCCACGUGCUAUAAAUACUGCAUUCCUGGUGCCACCUUUACCUCUAUCUGCGAAUGUCUCUGAUGAUGGGCUCGAGUGAGAUCCCGAAACGUCAGGCCAAUAAACUUCUUGUCCCAGUGAUCGCAUCUUCAUCUUCUGAACCGUGGUUAUUGUUGUGGUUGAGACGCGGGAAUAUUGUGCCCUUCCUGGCAUUGUGCGGAAGUCCACCUUUAUUAUUAGGGUUGAACGUGCCCGUUUCCAUGUACUGUUUAGGGGGCCAACUAAGCCAGUCUCACUACUUUCCUCUACUGAGGGACCAUGUCAGGGGAGGUAUGAUGACGCCGCUUCAUCGCUGCGAAGCACUUUACUAUAUGACUCUGAAAGCGACAUUUUGAGGGGAUAUGCUGACGUAGGAACACAGAAUGACGGUAGAAAUCGCACUAUAAUAACACUCACUUACUGAUUGGCUGUGGUCAGACAAUGCUCAGACAUGGGCAAUUCGGUUGUCGCAACCGCUGUCUGAGCUGUAUGCACACAUAUUUGUGCUAGUAAAGUUUGUCCACCUAACUGUCUUCCCUGCCUUCUGAUUUGGGAACCGUCGAGUUAUUGAACAAUCGUACCUCGGCAUAGUUUAAUAUGCAUCAUGUAUUAAAUUCGAGCAAACCUCCUCCGACCCCUGAGACCGGGCAGAAGAUUAGCCGUUAGGUUGGCAGUAUGCGUGGUUCGGCAGCUCCUUGACCAGAACACGUCCCCUUUUGAUUUACAUGCUGGUGUCCAGAACUAACACAAAAAUAGUAGGCAGUUAUCUAGACGAGAAUCACCAGGUGAUGGGAAUAAAUGCAUUAAUAAAUCCCAUUCUAAAAUUCCACGGACUUUACAAGUGACAUUUCCUAAAAUCGUGGUAUCCGUAAAAUAUCAGUGACACAGCAUGUCAUGAUGCCAAUCUUUGUAGGAGAAAUUCGGGUUUAUGGCAAUUGGCAGGUAAAGCAGUCUCAGGAAAAUGCCAGAAUGCUGUCGGACAUCAUGUCAGGUGCCGAUACGAUCCUUGAAAUCCAUACCAUCGCUGCCUGCUACCCACAUUUGCUUUGCAUUUAUCCAACACGACAGAACAACGGAGAAUUUGGGAUUGCGUUCAUAAAUACUGUUUUACUUUGUAACACUUUAUUAUGCAGUAUUGGACUGCUUAGGCAGGCAGAGGGAUGCGAGAGCCUCUUCAGUGGAAAUCUUCCAAACAUCCCGCCCCAGCGAUGCACGAAAAUGCAUCUUGUCUAGGCGUUGUGUAAGGUAACUAGAUUAAAUCUUCAAGUUUCCCAAUAGCAUUACAGAUAACUGCAAUUCCAUGACACCGUAAGUUAGCAUGAACCACCUGGGAAUUCGGUUCAAUGAAUGGUAGCAAAAGACGCAGGUCUAAUUUGAAAAAUUUGAAGGCGAAUUCUGGCGAAUUAAUCUGAUGUCAAUUAUAAGGACACGAUAGGGCGUAGGACCACUAAGUAGAUGGCAACUUCGAAAUAUACCCUAAAAUUCAGUGCGACUGUGAACAUAACUCAUUAUUCACCGUUCUCAUUGUUGGAAAUUUCCUCCCCUUCCUGACUAAAUGAAAACUUCUCAGCAGCGCUUUGUUUAAAGUCCGUUAUUUUUUGAAAAUUAUUUUUUUGCUUAUCUCUUAAUUAUUUUGCCCACUAUCUUUACCAAAUGACAGUGUACGAUAAGAAUUUCGGCAGAAAUUUAUAGUUUUUAGUGUGUUCUUGCUCUGCGCGAUUCUAAUAAAGGGUACCUCCAAGCUUCUGUCAUCAGCAAAUAUGAGAUUCACCAGAAGUUUGUCGAAUAAUACUCCAACACGUUUAGUCAUAAACUGGCCCAAUUGCAAUUUUUCCAUCGUCUCUAGGUGUGCUGACUGCCUUCUGCUUACCCUGCAUGGUCUGCUAUGAAUAUAAGUUGCAAGAUGAGUGUUGCGGAGCCCCACUGUGUAUACCACACCCAGUCCUCGUUUUGACUGCCCAUUAUCGAGGCCAGCAAAAUAUCGAGGUAUGUUUCUUCCAAGCUUGUUCGGCCAAAUUAAUGUUGCAUUAAUCAGUUGCUUUAAAACAGCAGUUUUUAGGAAGAAUUCAGCGCGUUUUCCGUGACUUCCCUAAAGGGAGACGGCGGGAGUACGGUUUAUGGCCGGGGUUCCUUACUCCACGUAGCACUUGAGAUAAAAAAAUAAUUGAUAUUAUAUUUGUAUUUAUUUGGAACGAAAUAAAAAGACCUUGUGGUGGCUGUUGCUUGAGGGUGGCCAAAAUGCGGCAGGACUAUACAUUUUUGACGAUGCCUGCAAAGGGACAUUAAAUUUUGUUUACUGUUAUCGUUAAAUGUCUAAAACAGUUUCCCCUUUUGAUUGGUGACAAUAUGGAGGACCACAAUUUGUGAUACCACAAAGUUCUUAGGUGUUCAGUUCCUUUUGCUCAACAGAAUUGCCCCCCGAAGUAAGUAGCCACGUCCAUAAACCAACACCUUCCCUGAUAUAAAAUUCACGAGGGAAGAAGAACAGGAACAGCAGUUGCCCUUCCUGGAUGUGCUUGUCAGACGAAACCUUAACGGUGAACUUGCAACGAAGGUUUAUAGGAAGGCCAUGAAGGGCACACAGUUUCUCAGUUUUCACAGCAACCAUCUGGUGGCUUACAAACGAAGCUGUGUGAAGACGCACUUCAAACGGAUCCAAACUCAUCGCAGCAAACCGGAGGACUGAGCACGUGAGGACCGUUAUCUCCGCGAGCAGUUUGUACAAAAUGGCUAUCUGAGGGCAUUCAUAAGUCGUUGCCUACGCGGUCGCCACCAGAGAACUCGAACAUCAACGCCACCGACGAUAUGGCAUUCUCUGCCAUACAUAAACGGCGUUUCGGAAGCGACCGAGCGCAUUGCUGCGGAGUCAGGUGUUGGAAUUGCACACCACUUGAAAGCCGUCAUGCGCAAUAGGGUCAUAAAAAUCAAAGACCGGUUAAAGCCUGAAGAUCAAUCUGGAGUAGUUUAUCGAUUUCUGUGCCAAAAUUGUCCUUGUAACUACACAGGACAGACUGGGCGCAUGCUCGGAUCGCGCAUACACGAACAUAAUCUGGCUGUGCGACGAGGUGACGCAUUAUCACAUGUGGUCGCCCACACCUACGGAGCGGAUCAUGCGUUUAAUUUCGCAGCCAACAAAGUAAUCGCCCACGCCGGAAACAAAACAGGCCAAGAAUUAAUUGACGCCUGGGCCUCGGACAAAAGCUCGACAAAUCGAUUUAUCGAUCUUGCGCCUGCGUACAGAGCCCAUCUUAGUCACCUCCAGACUUGCGCCAUCGGUCGGCGAUUGGCCUACAUGCCUUAUAACUGUCGCUUGUUCUGUUGCUGCUACUACCUCUGACGAUGGACUCCUGUACGAGUCUGAAAGCUCAGGACAAUAAACAAAGUGUUCUGGUGCUCGACUCUUUUUCUUCACUUAUGCAUACACCUGGAACUCAAAAUUUCGCCUUCACUCUUUUGAUUGAAAUUAACCCUCGAUUCGUUUAAUUUCGACGGCCACAUAGGUCAAAGUCCUAAGUGCAAUUGUCAGUCUCUUUUAAAACAUGUAUUCGCGACAUGGGACGAUUUUUUCACUGGCUGUCGUACACACUGCUCCGUACCGUCAUAAAUUCUAUCAGGUCGGUCCUACACGUUGACCAAAUGUCAUUGGGACGACCCACAGCUAGAAACUGAUCGGUUACGUAUGCGUCCUUUGCAGUGCGAAAAAAUAGGAAUGCAAGACUUGUAGAAAACGGAUUAAAGAAGUCUCUAUCUCAUGACGAUGCUGGUGGCCGUUUCGAGGUGUGCGGGACUUCAUUUCGAUCAUUUUACGAGAAUGACAGGCUGGACUGAAGGAAAAUAAGCCCCAGCUCGCUCAGUCCUAAGUUGCUUGUCGUGUUGACUGCUUUUCUCGGACGUUGGGUAUGUUCUGAAGACGCCACUGGCGCGACGAAUGCUCCAGUUUUACUUCCGAGGAAAUCUGUGAGCGCGACAUGUUUGGAAUAGCAUAAUGUUGGAGUUCACUAGCGGUACAGAUGGCAUUGGCAUUCGGAAAAUGGCAAGUUUUACGCAAUUAACCAGAACCUGUACUAGCUGGGGUCAAAAGAGGUGACUGAAAGUAUCCCGCUAGUCUGUAAGUGACGACUGAAGUCUUUGUUCAACAACCUCGAUGCCUCGAGGUCAUUCACCCAUCCCUCUAGCGAUUCCAGACGCGCUGGCGGCAAUCAUUGCGACGCCCCUCGUCUUUGUUCAAGGUCCCACGGCCUAGUGAUUACUCACCUUCUCUGGGGACGUUGACGGACGUAUUGACAGUCUGACAGGGGGACGUACGUGUCUCCUGCGGAAUGAUACAGAUACUGUAUUCAAACCAUUUACUCCCACAAACCUACUAAACAGGAUCAAGCCAAAGUCUUUCUUUCUCGCUCUAUCCCUCAGACAUGAUUUAAAAUUUUCAGCCCACGCCCUGGCCUGCUAAUUUAAAAUUCAACCUGAGGAUUGCAGCGCUCAUAGUACAUCGACAACCAAAGAAGCUGAACCUUAUGUAGGCCAUGUGAGGCAUCUCAAUACUUCCAGAAAGAAACUUGUUAACAUUUAUAUUUGUGGGUUGCACCGUUUCUGCGCAUCCCGACUAACUGCUGCCGUGCUCCAAUAUGGCCUUCCCGUUCACGUCAGGGGACGCUCAGCGAGGGCCAAGUUGACGACCUCACGCAUCAUAGCAAGUUGCAGUAGACAGCCUCGGUUGGUACACCAGCCUGCUCUGGCCUAUUUCAUCUGCAUGCUUUGUAGUGUUUACUCGUUUUCCUGAAAUAACUCCUGUUUUGUUUUCUCUGUACGACACACACACAGGGAAGUCUCAUAAAGGACUGCUGUGUCAGCACAUUCUGCAUGCCCUGCAAGCUCUGUCAAAUACACCGGGACUACGAGGCCAACUAG